AUCGCCCAACGAGAGCAAAGCGCUCGGAUUAUAAUGGAAACCCUUAUGGACGGCGGAAACGGAAACAAAACUUUUGAUUUCCACAAUUUCCGGCGGCCAACAUUGGACGAGAAUAUGUCCUCUGAAGAUGUGUCCUAUCUACCCAAGGGAAGACGAGCUUCAACCGCAUCUGUUUUGAACUUUUCAGACCUGCCAAACAGAUUAAACGGCUCAUGUCGUGUUAAACCUAUUGCGAGGCAUGUGGAGGGAAUGGGCUGGGAUGAGCGGAACGCUGUUGAGACUGUUCUAACUGAGCACUACGAUCUUAGAAGAAGGAAAUCUUUGGCGCCUGGCGCCACCGACACAUUUGUCAGGAAUCUUAAUGAUAACGUUGAGGGAGGUGAAGAUACCAAGCUAUAAUCAAUCUUGAUCAUCAAAAUUAAAGCUUAGAUAAUAAUGAUACCUACAUCAAAAACAAUAACUUCAAUAAUAAUGAUAACUACGUCUGAUAACUUCCGUGAUAAUAAUACCGAAAAAAAUUAAAUUGAUUUUUUCUUUUAGCAGCAGCUUGCAAAUUUUCCCGCUUUUGACUUUUUUCUAAAAUUUAAGGACAUUGGUUUUAUGAGUUAAACAGUCUUUUAAAACAAAUAUAUAGUUAAAACUAUAGUUACAGAUAAGUCUCUAGUGUGAUCUAGAUCGCUAGAGGGGGGUAUAGAAAGCUAAAUUUACAAAAUUAAAACUGGUUCUCGGUUCUAUCUUUGUAAUCUAUUUUUGACAAAGGCUAAUUUUUGCGGUUUUGCUCCGACAUUUUGUAUAAAAGUUUUACAUUUUUUAAAACACUGGCAACUUCACAAUGCACAAUAGUUGAUACUCAAUUAACUCAAAUCUUAUACUUAACAUUCCAUUUUUUUUGUCCCAGAGUAUUUCCAGUUUGAUCCGGGCUCAAUUCCAGAUGGAUCCGUAAUUAUCCAGUUUGAUCCGUUAUUAUUCAGUUUGAUCCGGGAUCAUUUCCAGUUUGAUCCAGUAUCUUUUCCAGUUUGAUGCGGAAUUUUUUCGAGUUUGAUCUGGAAUCAUUUCCAGUUUGAUCCGGGAUCAUUUCGAGUUUGAUCCGGAAUCAUUUUUCAUUUAAUACAGAAACAUAUCCAGUUAAAUCCGGGAUUAUUUCGAAUUUGAUCCGGGAUCAUUUCGAGAUUGAUCCGGGUUCAUUUCCAGUGUAAUUCGUAAUUGCUUCUAGUGUGAUCCGGGAUUAUAUUUCCUGUUUGAUCCGGGUUCAUUUCCAGUGUAAUUCGUAAUUGUUUCUAGUGUGAUCCGGGAUUAUAUUUCCAGUUUGAUCCGGGGUUAACUCUAGUUUGAUCCGGGGUCCGGCUGAUCCGGACUUUCGUUGCACAAAUUUGAGCGAGGUUAAAAACAUUAUGUAUAUUGUAAUUUAAAACUCGCGUUUUACAUAUAUCUGUAAUUGAGCUUUUUGUAUAUAAAAUGAACUUGAAUUUGUAUUUUAUUUCAAACUUUGUUAUAUGAAAACGAAAGUGGAUGUUAAAAAAGAUGGAAUGCCUAAUUUUUUUUCGACUUUUGUUUGGAAUAUCUAAAAUUAAACACUUUUAUUUUUGUAUUAUUUCUUAAAAAUAUAUCAUCACAAAUAUAUAUUAUAAUUUUAUCAAUCUGACGACCUUCAUCAUGCUGAAAACAAAAGAUGAACAUGUGUGGAAGGAUUAAAAUUUGUAACCCUUAUUGUGACAAUUUUUAUGUAAACUAUGUAAACUCAAUUAUUUAUGAAAUACAAUUUUUGUGAUCGUUAAAAA